AUGUCUUCCUGCUCCUCUCCCCUCUGCACUCCUGCAGACAUGAAGGUCACAAUGCUCCUGAUGGGACUUCUUGGAUUCUUCGUAGCUCCUGGUUUUGCUAACUAUAAUAUCAACGUGAACGACGAAGGCAACGUGGCUGGAAGCGGGCAGCAAUCAGUGAACAUCAAUAACGCACACAAUGUGGCCAAUGUUGACACCAACAAUGGAUGGGACUCCUGGAAUUCCCUUUGGGAUUAUGAAAAUGGCUUUGCUGCAACCAGACUCUUUAGCAAGAAGUCAUGCGUCGUGCACAAAAUGAACAAUGAUGUCAUGCCCUCUCUUCAAACCCUUGAUGCUCUAGUCAAGGAGCAGAAGGGUCAGGGAGCAGGGAGCGCACCUCCAAAGGUUCUGAAGUACUCUGUCAACUCCAACCAAGUUGAUGAUCUGAACAAAUUUGGACAAAACAUUGCUGGCAUGUGCCAUGGGCUUCCAACAUAUUUGGCUGAAGAGAUUCCAGGUGAGUACUCUCCCACUGUACAUUCCAAGAAAUGCUACACUCUUAGUGUACUCUGGAUUCUGAACAUUUCCCUCUGUGGAUCAACUCUUCAAAGCGAAUUUGAGAAAUAG